AUGGCGGCUCUAAAGGCUGGUGGGAUUACCAAAAACAACGCCGCAGGAGAGUGUUCCUCGCCCUCAACGACGCCAAGAGGGUUAGGCAUCGAACUGAUCCCCCAGCGCUACGAGAAGGGUUUCUCAGCACAGACCAGCGGCCAAGUGAUGCAGAUGCAGUAUGAGAACCGAGUCCUGCUGUCCAACAUGCAGCGCUACGACCUGGCAUCACACCUGGGCAUCAGGGCCAGCCCCCGGGAAAGUGACGCGGAGAGUGACGGAGGAGACGACGCCUCCACCUCGUCACGCUUCCCACCCCACCGUAAACGAGAAGGCCCCGUCGGAGGGGAGAGCGACUCGGACGAGGUGCGUAACAUCCGGUGCCUGACCCCCACCCGCUCCCUCUACUCCCCCGAGAGCCGCUUCCUCCCCCGCAGCCUGAAGGACCGGCAGCAGAUGGUAGACAUCCGUAUAGAAGCAGAGCGGCUGGGCCGCACYAUCGACAGGCUGAUAGCAGACACCAGUACCAUCAUGGCUGAGGCACGGGUCUAYAUGGUCUCCAACGGGGAGCUUUACGAGGAGGAAGGGAGCACCGUCAGGGAGCACGAGUUGUUGUACAGGAUCACCGCUCAGAUGAARGCCUUCAGGAAGGAGCUGCAGGGCUUUAUAGACAGACUGGAUGUCCCCAAGCCAGAGGACAAAGAGGAGGAGGAACCACUGUCUGUAAGUUGA